AUGCCUCUCCUCCGGCAUGAGCUCAGCAGCGGCUGGACUUUCAGACAGCAAGACGACGCCUCGGAGAAUCCAUGGCUCCCAGUGCCCAAGGUCCCUAGCCAAGUCCACGUAGACCUCCUGGCGAACAACAAGAUACCAGACCCGUUCCUGGACAUGAACGAGCUCGCCGUCCAAUGGGUUGCGGAAAAGACCUGGGUCUACCGCACGUCCUUCGCGACGCCGACAGACUCGCCAGACUCCACCGCCAAUGUGACGGAUCUCGUUUUUGAGGGCCUGGACACAUUUGCGACGGUCAUCCUGAACGGAGCCGAGAUCUUUCAAUCGGAUAAUAUGUUCCUCUCACACCGCGUCGAGGUCUCACAGCUCUUGAAACGCGACGGGGCCGAUAAUGUCCUGGAGGUCGUCUUCGACUCGGCGCUGCUCCGCGGCAGACAGCUCGUCGAAGAGCACGCGCACGAGCACAGGUUCAUCGCACGGCAAACGGAGCAGGGCCGGAUCCCGGUGCGGAAGGCGCAGUAUCACUGGGGCUGGGACUGGGGUCCGAUUCUGGUCACGGCCGGGGUCUGGAAGCCGGUGUUUCUGGAGCGGUAUAUUGCUCGUUUGGACGAUGUCUGGGUCAAGAGUGAGGUCAGCCCGGAUCUGAAGUCGGUGUAUGGACAAAUCGUCGUCAAAACAGAGGGCUCCAACAUCGGCAAGGUAUCCGUAAAGCUCACCCUGGAAGACACAGCUGUCCUCGAAAAGGACCUCUCUGUCGCCGAGGACGGAGUAGCGCAAACAGACUUCCACUUAGACAACCCUCGACUUUGGUACCCCCUGAACACCGGCCCCCAGACCCUCUACACAAUCACGGCCACGGUUCACCACACCUCCGGCACCCCACUCUGGACGCAAACCAGAAAGACGGGCUUCCGCCGCGCCGAGCUGAUCCAAGUGCCCGAUGCUCUCGGAAAGUCCUUUUACUUCCGCAUCAACAACCUCGACGUCUUCGCCGGCGGCUCCUGCUGGAUCCCCGCCGACAGCUUCCACGCCUCCAUCAGCCCCCAACGAUACCGCGCGUGGGCGGAGCUCCUGGCCGCCUCUAACCAGAACAUGCUCCGCGUCUGGGGCGGCGGGGUGUACGAGGCCGACGCGCUGCUCGAGGCGUGCGACGAGCUGGGCGUGAUGGUGUGGCACGACUUUUGCUUCGCGUGCGGGAGUUACCCGGCCUACCCUUCGUUCUUGAAGAGCGUCGAGGAGGAGGCGAGGCAGAAUCUGAGACGGUUGAGAGGGCAUCCGAGUAUAGUCAUCUGGGCGGGGAAUAACGAGGACUACCAGGUGCAAGAGAGAUACCAGCUGGAGUACCGGUUCGACGAGGACAAGGACCCAGAGUCCUGGCUCAGGUCGAGUUUCCCGGCGAGGUAUCUGUAUGAGUAUCUCUUGCCCAAGAUUGUGAAGGAGGAGAGCCCGCAUACGGCUUAUCACCCGAGCAGUCCUUGGGGGGAUGGAAAACCUACUGCCGACCCGACGGUCGGCGAUAUCCAUCAGUGGAACAUCUGGCACGGCGCCAUGAACAAAUACCAAGACGCCCACCUCCUAACCGGCCGCUUCGUCUCCGAGUUCGGCAUGGAGGGCUACCCUCACCUCUCUACCACGACGGCCAUGCUUACCGCGCCAUCCCAGCGACGUCCCGGCUCCAUGGCCCUCGACUUCCGCAACAAGGCCUACGACCACGAACGCCGCAUGAUGACCUACGUCGCCGAGAACUUCUCGUUAUCAUACGACCUGCCCCGCUUCACGCAUCUCACCCAGCUGAUGCAGGCCGAGGCCAUGUCUUUCACCUACAAGGCCUGGCGCCGGAACUGGGGCACCGGCGGGGCGAGAGGUUGCGGCGGCGCGCUGGUGUGGCAGCUCAACGACUGCUGGCCGACAGUGAGUUGGGCCGUUGUGGACUACUGGCUCGUGCCGAAGCCUGCUUUCUACGCAAUCGCGCGGGCCUUGAGGGUGUUGGACGUCGGUGUAAGAAGGCGGGUCGACGAAUGGACCAAGUGCCAUGCAGACCCGACGAUGGGCGCGAGGGGCACCGAGUUCGAGGUUUGGGUAGCGAGCGGCCGGCAGGAUGCCGUCGCGGGCGAUCUGGUGGUGCGGUUCAUCUCCAUCAGGACUGGGAGGGAGGUGACGCAGCGGGUUGAGAAGAAGGUUGUGGCGAAGGAAAAUGCGACGACGGAUGUUCUGGAGAAGCAGAUCAUCAGCCCCGUGAAGCAGGAGUUCCGGGACGCGAGUGUGCCGUUUCACCCAGGGGAGGAUGAUCCGUUUGUUAUCCACGCGACGCUUACUGUGGAUGGAAAGGUUGUGGCAGAGGACACGGCGUGGCCGCAGCCGCUCAAGUACCUCGAAUUUUCGGACCGGGGCGUAAGGACGUCGGUGGAGGAAGGGCAGUUGAUUGUCUAUACGGAGAAGCCAGUCAAGGGGUUCGUCAUCCAGGAGGAGCGGGGGAUGAAGCUGAGUGAUAACGGGUUUGACAUCGUGCCGGGCGAGGAGAAGGUGGUUCGGGUAGAUGGCAUCGAGGUUGAGAAAUUGAGGUGGACAUAUCUAGGGGCACCGGAGGCGUCGCUGGGGUUGUCAAGCUAG